CGGAGUUUCCCGAACUCAUAAACGUGACUUGCGUUUUUUUUUGCCUCGACUUGCACGGUUUUUUCGUUCGGUGUGGAGCGUCAAGUAGCGUUACCGACAAGCGUUGAACCCGACCACCCAAGGAAGUAAUGCCUACCUCUAAGCUAAUUUAUCAUUAUCCUUCUGGCUUCAAGACUGUGUUCCAGUAUUUGGCGUGGCAGCAGCAUAACAAUAUCCUGUGUGAUGUUCUCCUUCAAGCAGAAGGCUUUGCUAUUUCUGCACACAGCUGUGUGUUGUCUGCCUGCAGCAAAAUAUUGAUGGAGUCUUUGACCUAUGUUACUCCAGAAUGCAUGGGGCAAAGGAUUCUUCUUGAGAUCCAGGGUAUUUCAUUUACCACUUUGUCUUUACUGGUCAGCUUUAUGUAUACGUUUACCUUGCAGCUUUCCUGUGAAGAGGAAGCUCGCAUCGUCUUGUUGGCUGGCCGUGCCUUGCAGAUUCAGGGUCUUUGCAAUGCCACUUUGGAAAAGGGCAAGAUUGUUUGGCAGCAAGACAUUCAUACUGCGCUACACAGUGAAACAGCUGAGGAACAGUCCAUUAAUGUUAUAACUGCAGCAAUAUCACCACUUAGAAAGAAGACCACAAAUUCACACAAAGUUGCCUGUAGUUUGUCAAAUGUUGCUGGUGAUCCACAGCCGAGUACAGCUUCAGAUGCAGCUAUAACUGAACCAGCAGAUGCCAUGAUUAUGACGCAUGAGGAUGAUGUUGAAGCAUGCAGCAGCAUCAGUAAAUUAACCAUGGUAGUCCCUUCAGCAUAUAAUGUACCCAGUGAUGACAGUAGUCAUAUUGGAAUGCUUCUUGAUUCAAAUAGUGCACCUGAGAAGCUGCAGACCUUAAACACACCAGAAGAACUUCUUGACCAAUUAAGGCAGCAUUCCGAGACCCUUGCUCCCAGUGAAAGUCGGCCACCACACCAGAAAGCAGACAGUGUGACAAACCAGAAGGAGUUGGGAAGUGGAAGAACUGAGCCAUCAAAACAGCUUGAGGUGUUGCAUUUAGAUAGUGGGAAGAUGACACGCAAUCUGUGUAAUCAAACUAUUGACACAGCAGAGCGGGUGAGCUCAGGAUCGCACUUAGAUUUAGAAAAUACUGUGCUGUCCCAACAAUCCCUGAGCUCAGGAAUGAGUAACACCAUAACAGUACACAGUGAAAAUCAACAGUGCUCUUUACAAACUGUUUCCCACAUCACCACGACUCCAUUAUCUUCCUUUGAUGGACAACAUGCUUCUGAAGAACAAGAAACGCUUGGCUCUUCUUGUGUUACUGCAUUAGGCAAUAAUACCUGUAGAAUUUCUAGAAAUAUCCCAGCUCAUGUCUCUAUAAGGCAGUGUUCUGUUGACAUUGUUCCCUGUGUUAAUGCCAGUGCUGUAAAGAAAAUAUGUAAUAAAAUGUCAGAAGCUAGGACUGAAUUGGAAAUUAAUGUUACAAACCCCAUAGUGACUCUGAAAAGCAAGGAGAAAGAAAGUUGUGGAUGUUAUGAAAUGAAAAAAGUGGGGAAAACAAAUGACACGAUAGCAGAUAGGACUUGCAUGGAGAAAAAUAAAACCAAAAUUCCUCUCAAGAGGGGAAGGGGUAGGCCUAGAGGGACUGGGAAGGGUUUAAUAAGAAUAGAAUUCAUGAAAGAAGGGGAAUAUUUCAGAGCAACAGAUGAGGAGGAGCAAUCAAACAAAAUGCCCAGAGGUAACACAGAGCCUUGCCUGAAUCCAGAGUGUCUGAAGCGAAAGUUUAAAGAAAGGCAUUAUAAAACGAAAACAGUGGGGGAAACAAACAAUAUGAUAGAAGAUAGGACUUUCAAGAAAAGUAAUAAAACUAACAUUCCCCUCAGGAGGGGAAGGGGUAGGCCUAGAGGGAGUGGGAAUGGUUUAAAAAAAUUAGAAUUCAUGAGGGAAGUGAAGAAUUUCAGAGCAACAAAUGAGGAAGAGCAAUCAAACAAAAUACCCAGAGGUAACAGUGAGUCUUGCCUGAAUCCAGAGUCUCUGAAGCGAAAGUUUAAAGAAGGGCAUUAUACAAUGAAAGCAGUGGGGGAAACGAACGAUAUGAUAGAAGAUAGGACUUUCAAGAAAAAUAAUAAAAUUAUAAUUCCCCUCAGGAGGGGAAGGGGUAGGCCUAGAGGGAGUGGGAAUGGUUUAAAAAGAUUAGAAUUCAUGAGGGAAGGGAAGAGUUUCAGAGCAACAAAUGAGGAAGAGGAAUCAAACAAAAUACCCAGAGGUAACACAGAGUCUUGCCUGAAUCCAGAGCCUCAAAGAAUUGGAGGUGCCCUUCAGUCGAGGAGGGGAACUCCUCAAGAUCCAACUGUAUUAGGGACUUCAGGGGUUUCAUCUGUGAGGGGCAGAAAGAAAGCAAAAUGGGAUGAAAUUGUAUCAGGAUGUGGGUCAUUCCCAUUAGGAUUUGUUAGAAAUAUCAAGACCAGGCGAAAAAUAUCAGCCCGAAAUCACACAUCAACAACAAAGAUUCGGCUAAAGAAGAAGCCUAUGACUGGUGAUAGCUGUUGGGAGAUUAUCCACCCCAGUGCUUCAAGUUCACACUUCGCUACCCUGGAAGCACAGAUGGGCGGCUCUCUGUCUCCUCCCCAUUGCAGUAGUUGGACAGGGGGUCCAGUGAACAGUGUGUUGGAGACAGAGGCCGCAGUGAAAGGACUUCAAAACUCAGGGCUAAAAGAUCAAGACAAGACUAAUGGUGAUGAGGAAGAGUCUGCAGAGUUUAUUGAGAACUUCCUGGAAGAUAUGUUGAUGCAGCUUAACUUCUUAGAGCCUAUUAUGAGCCCUGUCUGUGUUAAGACUCCUGAAAUCUUUGAGGAUCUAAACAGUAAUGGAAGAAACCCGCAGAAAACGUCUAGUGUUUGUGCUGAAGAAAGGCACAGUGGUGAUUUUAAUGACGUCGGUGCCAGCCGUACUAUUGCACCCAAUUAUGCCAAGACAUCUUUGCCUAACAUUGAUGCCAGACGGGUAGAAGAUCAUAAGGACAGCAGGAAUUGUGGGAAGGUCUUGCUUGAUCAUGGCAAUGAAAUUGAAAGCUCAUCUGUAAAGGACAUAGAGGAAGGAUUAGGAAGCACAGUGUCCUUAACAGAAGACAGUCACGCAAUUACUGGCACCGUCAUCCCCGUCUUAGAUACUGGCAUAAUUGACACAGCUCAGUGGAAAGUAAAUGACGCAGAAAACAUAGGGUUUGUUGAGUACGGGACUGUUUGCUGUCCAUCGUCUUUGCCAGAGGAUCCACAGUCUGAAAAUCAUGUUGAGGUGGAAAGGUCACCACAGAGUUCUACCUGCCACAUUCAAGUCAUUCAGCAGCCAACAAGCCUCAACCAGAAGAGGAAUGCUAGUGCAUCUCCGCUGCAAGAGACAGAAUGCAGACAAGAUGAGGAGGCUAUGGACAUCAGGUCUGUUUUGGAGCAGAUCCUUUCGUCCAUGUCUCGUUCACUACAACGUGAAUAUGGCAAUGAUGUGGACUGUCCUGACAAUGAUGCGACUUGCCUAAACAAGGCAGAUGUGAACAGAAUUGAACAACCCCCGGCACUAGAAAGGGGAAGCUUCCCUGGCAAUGAUAAGCUCGAAGAAGUGAACUGUGCUGGCCCACAUGCUGCAGAUCAUUUCACACAGUCUAAUCCAGAUUAUAAUUCUCUGUCACUGGAAGUAAAAGCGAAAACCUCUAAAGUGGCAGAAAGAUGCCACUCUGUGCAAACUGCAAAUAUUCCUUCAAAGUCAGGCUUGGAGAUGAAGAGCAACACUUUGGCAGAAACUGACGUGGAGUCUCGCGAUGUCUUGCUGCAUUCCGAUCUUUCCAGAGAAUGCCAGUGCUUUGUAGGCCAGGAGUGUUUGAAAACUUUUGUCUUAAAGCAAAAAAGUUCUUGCAGUCAACAAAUCCAAGUAGUCGCCUCGUCAGAGGAUUCAUCAAGUAAGAGCACAACAGCGAGGUGUCCGGAGUUCCUUCCAGAAGCUGUUAGUAUAGCUAAGCAUUGUGAUGGCUUACAAAAUGAGGUCACAUGUGUGGAUUGCCUGUCUAACGAAGCUGCUGAAGUGGAGGACAGCUGUUUAAAUGAGAAGCUAGAAAUGGGUGAUGCUUUGCCCAGAAAGGUGACAGAGCAUGAGGACAUUGUGGAAGGAAAACAGAAAGACCGGGACACACUGGACAAAAGCCCAAUACACAGUAGUCACCCCCGGCCAGGUUGCACAUCCCCAGAACAGAAAAAAGCACAAUUUUUACAAGAAGAUGGAAACGUUUUGCCAACCAAUCUCCUCAACUACCAAACAGGUUCAGAUUUUCAGAGCAAAGAAAGCAAGACCACAUUUGGUAAGCCAGAAAUACACACCAAAUGUAAUGUCGCAAAAUGGCCAGAUAAAAGAGCCUUAUGUGGCAAGCGUACCAGGGUUCACCUUCCCCAAGAAGUAAAUAGUGUACCCACCAAAUACUUAAGAAGGGGUGAGUUUUUCUGCCAGCACGCAAGGGCUUCUGAUGUCUGGUUUACUGCUUGUAGUGAUCAACACUGUGUGAAAGGUCACCUCAAUACCAUUGAACUUGUGCUACAACCAGAAUGGGGUCACUUGGAUGCUACAGAAAACUCCAUGAUAAACCAUGCAGGGGAAGGAACUGAAUCUGAGGAAGGAGAAGUUGAUAUUCUGGGGAUAGAAGAAGACACAAUUCCGGGCAUCUCUCGGGUUGGUCUAGUUGGACUGAACUCAAACCAAGAUGGUUCAUCCUCAGGCAAUGAGAGUGAGGAGAUUGAUGUGACUGGAUGAGACAACAGGAUCAGGAUUUCAGUAGGAUGACUGGCGCAUGUCAUAGGAAGUGUGUGCCGCCUCACUACAAGGAGGCAGAGCUGUCCAAGGGAGAAGCCGUC